AUGGACAGAAGAAACCAGACCAGCAUCUACGAAUUUCUUCUCCUGGGCCUCUCUGAGUGGCCACAGCAGCAGCCUCUCCUAUUUGUGCUCUUCUCGGGCAUGUACCUGGUCACCGUGCUGGGGAACCUGCUCAUCAUCCUGGCCAUUGGCUCUGAUGUGCACCUCCACACCCCCAUGUACCUAUUCCUGGCCAAUCUGUCCUUCUCUGACAUUGGUUUCAUCUCUGCAAUAAUUCCCAAGAUGCUAGAUAAUAUUGGCUCAGGAAGUAAACUGAUUUCUUAUGGUGGGUGCCUAAUACAACUCUAUUUCUUUGGCCUAUUUGCAGAUCUUGACAACUUUCUCCUGGCUGUGAUGGCAUUUGACCGCUAUGUGGCCAUCAGCCACCCCCUCCAAUAUACCAUGACCAUGAACUCCCAACGUUGUGUCCUCUUGGUGGCUGGGCCAUGGCUGGUCACUACCUUCCAUGCCCUAGUGCAUACCCUCCUAGUGACCAAGCUUUCCUUCUGUGGCCCCAACAUCAUCCCCCACUUCUUCUGUGAUCUGGUCCCACUCCUGAAGCUGGCUUGCUCCAGUACUUACGUCAAUGAUCUGGUGCUCAUCCUUGUGGCAGGAACAUUGCUAAUCGGACCCUUUUUCUGCAUCCUUACAUCUUACUUUUACAUUGCAUUGGCUAUCCUGAGAAUUGAUUCCCCAAAAGGUAAGCAAAGGGCCUUUUCCAACUGCACCUCCCACCUCUCUGUGGUCUCUCUGUUUUACAGCACAGCUAUUGGGGUCUAUUUAUGUCCUCCAUCAUCCCCCUCAGGUGGAAAGGACAGAGUCUUCUCAGUAAUGUACACAGUGGUGACCCCCGUGCUGAACCCCUUCAUCUACAGCCUGAGAAACAGGGAUAUGAAGGAGGCACUGGGAAAACUACUCAGAAGAAAACCACUCGAACACUCUUUCUCAGGACCUUAG